AGGCGUCUUUUACCAUCUGAGGAAACUUCCCUGUGAUUCAUUUUAUUUUUUUCUCACUACAAAAUUAAAGAAUUAUACCAAAUCGAAAAGAUAUGAAUGAGUAUCCUAAAAAAAGAAAAAGGAAGACUUUACACCCGUCUCGUUAUUCAGAUUCCUCUGGAAUAAGCCGAAUUGCAGAUGGAUUCAAUGGGAUUUUUUCUGAUCAUUGUUACAGUGUCUGUUCUAUGAGACAGCCAGACAUAAAGUGUUUUGACAACAAAGAUGAUGAUUCUGAUACGGAGACAUCAAAUGAAUUGCCAAAAUUUACAGAUGGAAUCAAGGCCAGAAGCAGAAGUCAAAACUACCUGGUUCCCAGUCCUGUACUUAGAAUUCUAGACCACACUGGCUUCCCUACAGAGAAAUCUGCUGACGUAGAAAUUUGCGAUGAAGAAUGUGACUCGCCUGAAUCAGUUAGCCAGCAGCCUCGGGAAGAGAGUCCCAUAGAAGUGCACACAGCUGAAGAUGUCCCGAUUGCUGUAGAAGUCCAUGCAAUUUCUGAGGAUUACGAUAUAGACACCGAAAACAAUUCCUCCGAGAGUCUCCAAGACCAAACCGAUGAAGAGCCACCAGCCAAGCUUUGUAAAAUUCUUGACAAGAGCCAAGCUUUGAAUGUGCCUGCCCAGCAAAAAUGGCCUUUACUAAGAGCCAACAGCAGUGGCCUCUAUAAAUGUGAGCUCUGUGAGUUCAACAGCAAGUAUUUUUCUGAUUUAAAGCAGCAUAUGAUCCUGAAACAUAAACGUACUGAUUCAAAUGUGUGUCGGGUAUGCAAAGAAAGUUUCUCGAGCAACAUGCUUCUGAUUGAACAUGCGAAACUCCAUGAAGAAGACCCCUACAUCUGUAAAUACUGUGAUUAUAAGACAGUGAUUUUUGAAAACCUCAGCCAACAUAUUGCAGACACCCAUUUCAGUGAUCACCUCUAUUGGUGCGAGCAGUGUGAUGUUCAGUUCUCCUCCAGCAGUGAGCUCUACCUGCACUUCCAGGAGCACAGCUGUGACGAGCAGUAUUUAUGUCAGUUCUGUGAACACGAAACGAAUGAUCCUGAGGACUUACAUAGCCACGUGGUGAAUGAACAUGCCUGUAAGCUGAUAGAGCUGAGUGACAAGUACAACAAUGGAGAACACGGACAGUACAGCCUCUUAAGCAAAAUUACUUUUGACAAAUGUAAAAACUUCUUUGUAUGUCAAGUAUGUGGCUUUCGGAGUAGACUUCACACAAAUGUUAACAGGCAUGUCGCUAUUGAACAUACUAAAAUAUUUCCCCAUGUUUGUGAUGACUGUGGGAAAGGCUUUUCAAGUAUGCUAGAGUAUUGCAAGCAUCUAAAUUCGCAUUUGUCCGAAGGGAUUUAUCUAUGUCAAUAUUGUGAAUAUUCAACAGGACAGAUUGAAGAUCUUAAAAUUCACUUAGACUUCAAGCAUUCUGCCGACUUGCCUCAUAAAUGUAGUGACUGCUUGAUGAGGUUUGCAAAUGAAAGGGAGUUAAUAAGUCACCUUGCCAUUCAUGAGACAACCUAGUUUUUAUUUUGAUUUACAUAACAUUUUUGUAAAGUAAUAAAUUCAACUUUUUUGGAGAUGUUAAAAUGGAUGAUUUUAAACAUGAUAAUGAGAUUUGCCUUUAACAAACAGGUUUUAAAAAAAUAAGUUUUUAAUUGCCCUGUUUUUGGGGUAUUGCUACAUUAAAUGUCCAAUAUAUGACUGUACCUUAUGUAUGGCAUUUUCAA